UUUAUAAUUAUGAUUGGUAAAAAUUAUUUUCAGUUAAUGUAGUUAGUUUUCUUGAAAUUGUAUUGGCUGGGAUAUCUUCUGUAUGACUUGUCAUUAUGUUUCUCAUUCAAUCUAGUCACAUUUUACCUUGUUUGCUUGCCUGUAUAUCUCAGCCAAUUAUUAUUUUUAGAUUUUCUUUUAUAUGUUGUCUUUUUACGUCAUUUAUUUGAUUAAAUGACAUUUUCACUCAUAUAAUGUUGUUCCUCUUAUUUUAUGAUAUAUGAGAUCCAGCAAAAAACUAGCUGCGAAUCGUCAGUUUUGACAUGAGUUGCACUUAACAAAAUUUGUGGAUAUGAAUGGUAUGAUGGACUGACAAUAUGAUCUUACUGGCAUAAUUGAAACAACAAAACAAAGGUGUAAUUAACAUUACAUGUACAUAAAAAGGUGCAUGGAUAGCGUAAUGCACUCGCUUCUCACCUCUGCGACCCGCGUUCAAUCCCAGUAAUCGGCAGUGGUUGUAUGAUUACAUGCGUCAUGAUCGCCCGCUCGGACACGAGGGUUUCCUUUAGGUACUACGGUUUCCUCCCACAAUAUGACCCCUAGCGCCAACAUCCGCGCAAGUAGGGUUAUAAAUGGAUAUGAAAGAUGCUGCACAAACUACAUCAAAGUUGGUUCCACCUGUCAAGUUUGUCCAUCUGGAUAUUUCGGAGAAAACUGUUCAUCGCCAUGCAACUAUCCUGCCUUUGGAUUCCGUUGCUUAAGUAAUUGCCCAUGUUCACCUACCAACUGCAACCAUGUAACUGGAUGUGUUUUUACUACAGAGUAUCCUCUACGACGACGAACCAAGACAAAAUCACCAAAUGACUGCGCAACUGGGGAGACAAGUGAACAUGGAAAAUGCUGCACAAACUACUACAGAACAAAGAAUGUAUGCCUAGAAUGCCCUCUCGGACAUUUUGGUGAUAAUUGCUCAUCCACCUGCAUCUAUCCAUCGUUUGGAUUCACUUGUCGAGAGCAGUGCAAUUGUUCAAUUAAUAAGUGCAAUUACAGAUACGGCUGUGGGGCAACGGAGAGACCGGAAGUAUGGCCGACAACUGGAUCAACACCGGAAUACAAAUCAACACCGAAGUACAAAUCAACACCGGAAUACAAUCAACAGCCUGGAACCGAAAUUGUACAAAUCCUUGUACCAUCUGAAAGUGGUAACAGUGCUACAAAUAUUGAUUCAAGUUCUAAUAAUUUACCUAUAGUCAUAGGAAUAGGGUCGCUGAUAGUAUGUGUCAUAGUUAUGAUCAUUAUACACGCAUUAUUGAAAUAUCUAAGACGUAUCGUUACUGUUCAAGAUGAUACUGAAGCUUCAGUUGAUGUCUAUAUGGAAAUCUCUGAUAAUAUGGUCUUAGGGCAGGGGGGUGUUUCUAACGCAGCAAAUGUUCGCGAAGCUCUUGAAAUACCUGUUAUUGAACAGUCUGGGCCUUCUAAUAAUGGUCUAGCAUCUGUGGUCAUUGCGGAUGAAGAUAUGAAAGACUACGUCUACAGCGAAGUGAAAAAGAAACCGAAGCACGAAGUGACAUGUGACAACAAGCCCAUUGAAAGCGAGGAACAGGAUAUGAACCUCAUUGACAUUCAUGACACGUACUGCAACGUUCAGGAAAUGGACGAGUGUGACGAAAAUGGCUUCCACGAUGCACCACUUGUCCAAGGCGUAGAUGGAGAGGAAACAUCACAGGGAAGUUUGCUAAAAGACGACAGUGGAUGUCUUACUCAAUGCCAGAUCCAUGCAGAUUCGAAGGCGGGAAUGUCAUGGAAUAGGUAGGGGUAUGUAGAAUAGAACGAUCCCAGUUGGUAUUCCUAAGGUUUCAAUGAUAACGAAUUAUAUAUAUGUGAUUCUAUAGCCUGUAAUGAUGUUCUAGCUACAUAAUAACGAUCAUUAUUUAAACUGCCUGUUACAAGCAAACGUGCUUAUAUAUAUAUGAUGAACGAAUGUCUGGAAACCGUCAUCUAUAUGUAUAUCUAUAGGUACUUGCAAGAGCAGGUAAGAAUAAUAUUUGUUGAUUUUAUUUAGCAACGAUCGCAUGCAUUUCGAUCACUCAAAUUCAUUGCAAUAAACUUUAUUUCGCAAUAAUCAUAAAAUUUAAGAACAUAGUCUGGCUUAUAAUAUUAGUACUUAGUGAUUUGACUUGUUAAGAUAAAUCAGACAUGAAGAUAAAAUGAUGAAUGAAAACCAGAAUGUAGCAAACUACUUAAUCAACAUAUAAUUUGAAUCUUACAGCUUACGGAAAACUCGAUAUAUAAAAGGAGCACUUAAGACCCUGGAUAUACCAGUGAUGGGGUCAGGUGCCUAGGACGGAACUUGCAUCUCCUGUUGAUCGGUCAACAUGUCAUGAACCCUAUAUCUUUAUCAACUGAGUACUUGUGCGUGGAAUCAGAGUGGUGUUUAACAAAAGAGCGUCAUCAUUCAGAGACACCGUGAUACCACACAAAGAAAGAUAUAUGAUGAAAUGGGACGUAUUCUAAAGUAUGCACCUGAAAGUAUUGGUGGAGGUGGAAGAGGAAAGGAAUAAUGUUGCAAUUUUACAGGAUUUGGAUGAAGGGAAACUUCUUCUUUUGGAAUUUCGAUACCGGAUCAAGAUAUAGGGCUCACGGCGAGUGUGACAAGUCGACAGGGGAUGAUUUCUACUCCUAGGCACCUGAUCCCGCCUCUGGUAUAUCCAGGGGUCCGUGUUUGCCCAACUCUUUAUUUUGUAUUGCUUAUAGGUGUUAAGAGAUUGAUCACUGUUCGUUAGAUUCACCUUUCAUAAGGAGAAAACGUUUCUUGUGAAGUUUGUUUUAUCCAUUUCAACUUUUAUUUCUUCAUCUUAUAAACAAUCUUCUCGAGACCAGCAGUAACCAAUCAGUUGUGCGGACUUGUGGAUAAAUCAAUGGUUUAUUUUGCCUUUAAUAAGGACAUACAUGUACAUGUAGUUUGCAAUGUGAAAGAUGCUUUUGUUACACAUAUCGGUUUGUCUUUAUAACAUGAUUAAUUCUUGAAUAAAUGUAAUUGCUAUUGAUCUCAA